AUGAUGACUUCUGUUUUCAGGGAUUGGAAGUAUUACUCUGUCCUGAUUGUUGAGGGGAGAAUUCUGCUGGUUUGGAAAGAGGACCUUAUUAAAAUUUCAGUUCUUGGUGUGGAAGACCAGUUCAUUCACUGUACUGUGAAGAUCAUGGGAGUUUUGAAGAAAUUCUGCUUGACAGUAAUAUAUGGUUGGAACCAAAUUGAGGAGAGGAAGAGACUUUGGCAUGCCUUAGAUUCUCUGAGGUUUCCUGUCCAACCUUGGCUAGUUGUUGGUAAUUUUAAUGCUAUUUUUGACUUUGAUGAUAGAAUUGGUGGUAGAUCUAUAACUGACAUGGAAAGGGAAGAUGCUUGUACUUGGAGAGCCAACUGUUUGAUGUCUGAAAUCCAUAGGAUUGGUGCUCAUUACACUUGGUGUAAUAAACAGAAGGAAGGGUCUCGUAUAUUUUCCAAAUUGGAAAGAGCUUUCAGUAAUGAAGCCUGGACUGAUGCCUUCCCUAAUUCAGAGGCUCAUUUUAACUGGGAUGUUAUUUCUGACCACUGUUAUUGUGUUAUUAAACCUAUUCUUAGUCAGAUUUCAGGGGUGAAACCUUUUAAAUUCUUCAACAUGUGGACAAAAUAUGAGGAAUUUAGAGAGAUUGUUCUGAAUAGUUGGUGUACUAAGGGAUAUUGUUCUGAUCUGCUGGGAAUUAGUCAGAAAUUGAACACAUUAAAGUCAGUUUUGGUUCAGUUUAAUAGGAGGAAAAUUGGGGAUAUAACAGAUAGAUAUCUAGAAGCCAAGGAAAAAUAUCAGCAAGCUCAAUUUUCACUUCAACAGCAGCCUCAAUCUAUAGAGUUACAGAGAGCAGAGCAAGUUGCUUGUACAGAGUUUAAUUACUGUUCUAAAAUGCAUGAGAGCUUCCUUAGGCAAAGGAGCAAAGUUACUUGGCUAAGAUAUGGAGAUGACAACACAACUUACUUUUAUGCAACUUUAAAACAGAGAUCUGCUUUUAAUCGAAUCACUGCUUAUGUGGAUGAUCAUGGACAGAUUGUUGAUUGCUAUGAGGAUGUGAUCAAGCAUUUUGUUAACCAUUUUAAAGGGUUUCUGGGCAGUCCUAGCUCUACUACUGCUAGGAUCAGCUGGAGGGUUUUAAGACUUCAUGGAGCGUUCAGUGGGAUGAAAGGAUUGCGACAAGGAGAUCCUAUAUCUCCUCUUCUGUUUGUAUUGAUCAUGGAAUAUCUAACUCGAUUACUGAUUCUAGCUGCCCAGCACAAGGUUGAUAAUGAUGGCUUCUCUAGUUGGAUUUUAUCAAUACGAAAAUUUUCAGUUUCUAGCAAUACAUUAAUAGCUUGA